UACUUUCUUACCCCAGGUCCUUUGCACAUCCAGCUCCUGCUCACUUGAGCCAGCUCUUGCCUGGGUGUUCACUCGACUGGCAGAUUCUUGUCUUUGACAUGCCGGCUGGUGCUAUGCUUAGGGACCCAGCUCCUGACUUGGAACUCACCCUGCAGUGACAGAAUGGGUGAGGAGGACACGACACACUGCAGCAAAUAACAGGCGACAUGCAGGGCCACAGAAAGGGGCAGGGUGGGAGCUGCUAUUACCAAGGGUAGCCAAGAGGACAUGCACUGAGAGUUGGCCAUUUAGGAAAGAGUUGAAGGAAGCCAGGGAAUGACUCUUGAAGCUGAGUGGGAAAGAAAGAGCCUUUGAGGCCCUGCACCUGCCAGUGUAAAGGCUCUGAGGUUGAAGUGGUAGUGUCAGUUUUCACUGGAGGGGAAAGGGGUGACACUGUGUUGAACAUAGGGCCAGGGGGUUUGGGCUAGGACCCAGACCACCCUGCUGCAGGUUGGUGUCCUAGAAGGACAUCUAGAAGGACAAGUCACGAUUCUCUGAGAUGGAGAAUGGAGGCAUCUUUGUGGGUCACCAGCAUGGAGUCUCUGCUGGAGUAGUUCUGAUGUCACCCGGGGCUGGGCAGGCCAUGGUGGCACUCAGCACAGGUCAUAUUCUAUUAUCGUUGCUCGCUGUUUGUUCCAACAAGACCCAGGGCCUGGUGAACCUGGCAGUGCCACAUAUUAAGGAAGAGAAGGGGGGGGGCAUAUAUCCAACCCCACCCCCCAGACUGUGCAUCCUGGGGGCUCCCAGGUUGGGGGAGGCGAAGGAGGGGAAACCAAUGGACGGGACUCCUCCCCCUCGUUCCCCGUCCCAGCGGACCCUGGGAAGGGUCAGUGGCUGUGUCUCAGGGGAGGGCGUGGGGACUCAGCCACCGCCGGGAGAGCCGCUCGGCGUGGGGAGGGGGCGUCCGGGAGCGCAGGCUCCGCCUCCCACUCCCGCCGGAAGGGAAGGGGAGGCGGUGGCCCGCGCGCCGUGAGCCAGACGCGGCGGCGAGCGCGGCGGGGGCGGUCGGCCCGGGACCGGGUGGCACCCAGCGGGUCGGAGCGGGCUCGCCGCCAACGCGGUCACGUGUGCCGUCCCUCCUCUUGCGCCUGCCUCCCCCGCGCGCCGCGCUCCCCAUUCAUAAAUUCUCCGCCUGCUCCGCGGCCACCGGGCACCGGAGCCCGCCGGGAACGCCGCGCAGCCGCCCGCCCGCCCGCCCCCCAUGGGCCGCGCGCCCCGGCGCUGAGGCCCCUCCUCCUAGCUUCAAAAUGCAGCCCACGCCCACCAUGGCCACGGCCGCCGGCACCGCUGCCACUGUCGCCCUGACCUCGAGGUGGGACAACGCCACCGGCACUCCCACCGUGAGUGAGGGGUUUGGAGUGGGGUGGCUGGGCCGGGCGGGCCCCCAGAGGCCACGCCCAGCGGUCCUGACCCCUGCUGGCCCACAGGCGGAGCCUGACCCCAUCCUGGAUAACUACGUGCUGCUGGUGGUGGUCAUGUCGCUCUUCGUUGGUGGCACGCUAGUGGUGCUGUCCGGCGUGCUGCUCGUGUGCAGGCGCUGCUGGGAGGCCCACCCGCGCUUCAACAGAGCGACGGAGGAAGCGGAAAAGACCGCCACCACCUACCUGGACAAUGGCGCUCGCCCGGCCCAAGACCCCGACUUCAGGGGGGAGGACCCUGAGGGCCAGGACGCGGAGACGGAGCGCUUCCUGUCCACCAGCUCCACCGGCCGCCGGGUGUCCUUCAACGAGGCUGCCCUGUUCGAGCAGAGCCGGAAGUCGCAGGACAAGGGCCGCAGGUACACCCUGACGGAGGGGGACUUCCACCACCUGAAGAAUGCGCGCCUCACCCACCUGCACCUGCCGCCCCUCAAGAUCGUCACAAUCCACGAGUGCGACCUGGGCGAAACUGGCGCAGCCACCCCUCCCCACGCUGCCGCGGCCCCCAAGGCCAACCUCGCCAUCUUCCAGCCCCCGGGGAAGGCCCUCACCGGCCGCUCCGUGGGCCCCAGCUCCGCCCUGCCAGGUGACCCCUACAACUCAGCCGUGGGCCCUGCUGACUUCGAGAUCAGCCCCUUGGCAUCCAGCGACUCCGGGGAAGGCACCUGGGUGAGGGCCCCCGAGCGGCCCCUCCCCUCCCUGCCCCACUCCAGGACAGAGUUGGAUCCAGGCACCAGGAGCAGCAAGCCUGCUGGCCCAGGGCCCGCGACGGGGCACAGGGAGGCCGGGCGUGGGGAGGCAGGCCCUGGCUCUGGGGCCGGACCCGUCCUGCAGUUCUUCACCCGGCUGCGGCGCCACGCCAGCCUGGACGGGGCCAGCCCCUACUUCAAGGUCAAGAAAUGGAAGCUGGACCCCAGCCAACGGGCAUCCAGUCUGGACACUAGAGGCUCCCCCAAGCGGCACCAGUUCCAACGGCAGCGGGCAGCCAGCGAGAGCACAGAGCAGGAGGAGGGGGACGCCCCCCACGGGGAUUUCAUCCAGUACAUUGCCAGCGCAGGCGCCGCUGUGGCCUUCCCGCCCCCCCGCCCCUUUCUGGCCAGCCCCACCAGCCCGUCCCCCACCCUCGGCAGGCUAGAGGCAGCCGAGGAGGUGGGCGCCGCGGGAGGAGCGAGCCCCGAGUCUCCCCCAGAGUCUAGCGGCGGCGUGGGGCCCGAGCAGCUGCAGCAGCAGGAGUCCGAUGGCGAGCGGGACUCGGGGCCGGAGCAGGCGCAGACCAGCUACCGGGAUAUCUGGAGCCUGCGCGCCUCCCUCGAGCUGCACGCCGCGGCCACCUCGGACCACAGCAGCAGUGGCAACGACCGCGACUCGGUGCGCAGCGGCGACAGCUCGGGCUCGGGCUCUGGGACCACCGCGCCCGCCUUCCCGCCGCCCUCGCCGCCGCCCACACCGCGGUCCACGGACGGCGAGGCGGGAGGUCCGCGGAAGCUGCUUCAGAUGGACAGCGGCUACGCCAGCAUCGAGGGCCGCGGCGCGGGCGACGACGGGCUGCCCAGCGCGUCCGAGAAGCGCUCCUCCUUCACCAGCGCCGGCCGCACGGCCACUGUGGGCAGCAGCUUCGAGGGGGCGCUGGCGCCCACGGAGGCGCCCGCCCGGCCCCGCAGCCCCCGCGCCUGGCCCCGCCGCGCCCCGCGCCGCGACUACAGCAUCGACGAGAAGACAGACGCGCUCUUCCACGAAUUCCUGCGCCACGACCCGCACUUCGACGACGCGCUGCCCUGCGCCGCCCGCCACCGCGCGCGCGCGCACCCGCACCCGCACGCGCGCAAGCAGUGGCAGCAGCGCGGCCGGCAGCACAGCGACCCCGGCGCGCGCGCCGCCCCGCCCGCCCCGUCCGCGCCCCCGUUCCGCCCCGACCCCCGGCCCCCACGCGCGCCUCUGCGCCGCGGCGACAGCGUCGACUGCCCGUCCGAGGGCCGCGCGGGCGAGGACCCUGCGGCGCCCGCCAUCCCGGUCAUCGAGGAGGAGCCCGGCGGCGGUGGCGGCGGCGGCGGCGGCGGCGGCGGCUGCCCCGGCUCGGGCCUGUGCGUCGAGCCCCCGGGGACGCUGCUGGACAAGCUGGCGGCCGGCCUCGACGACAGACUGUUCCCGCCGCGCCUCGCCCAGCCCAUCGCCGCGGCUCCCGCGCUGGCCGCCGCCGCGCCGACGUCUCCCGACCACAGCCCGGCCUAAGCCCCGCGCCCCGCACCCGCCUCGUCAGCUUCUCGGCGCCGCUCGGGGCCCGCGCCGCGGGACGCGCCUCCAGCCGCCCCCCGGUGCGCGCGCUCUCGCCCUCGGGUCACCCUCGAGCGGCCUCCGGUGCGCACGCGCACAGCCCACCCCCGGGCACGGAGCCGGGGCCCUCCGCGGCUCCUCAGCGUGCGGGCCUGGACCGGAGGGAGCGGGGCCGCUUCUCCAUCGACCUUUGGCCUCGACGGCAGCCGCGGCGCGGGGCCGUCUUGCACACCGAACGCCGGGAGGCGCGCGCCGGUACCGCACCCGGGAGGGUCCGGGCGGAGGAGCCGAGUGAGGCGCAUGCGCGGGGCUCCCCGAGAGGGGCCCACGGAGCCUCGAGGGGGCCGGGCCGGGCCGGGCCGCACGCGCGGGAGUCUGCCCCGGAGCCCAUGCGGCGAGCUGGGACCGCUCCGUGGCGGCGCGGGAGCCGGGCGCGCUGGCCCUGGGCUGGCCGGGUGGGUGGAGGCCGCAGCCGCCCGGGCCCCGAAGCUGUUUACCUCACCGCGGCCUGUGCUCGCGACCCCCGGCGCCCCCUGAGCAAUAAGCCCCGGCCCGCCCGCCGCCCCCUCGUCCCCGCGCCCGCCCCAAGCAUGUGAGCGGGCCGCCCGCCGCCCCACCGCCGCACCGUCCAAAGAGCUGCCACGACUCCCGUUUGGAGACACACGAAACCCAAACGACCAAGGAUUCAAGUUUCCCGAGCUUUAUUUAUUGCCAAAAGAUGGGGCCGCCCGCGCCUGCGGCCCCCCCGCCACCCCCCGUCCCGUCCCUCGGAGCUUCCUGCCGGCUGUGCUCCAUCCCGUGAUGGUGUUUCUCGUGUUUGUUUUCUGGUUGAUUAUAAACAUUUACCGCACA